AUGCUGUCGCCUCCAAAACGCCGAAAGACUGGCGACCGGUCGAGUGUCGCUAUCAGCGCAUCGCAGUCUAGGGAAGCGCUUGAAGAUAGGCGUUCUUCGCCCAGUCGGCCCUCCUUCCAAUCGCCUACCAAAUCCAGUCUCGCCAAAUCGCAUCCCGAUGUUCUCGAACGCGCGCUUAGCAGAUCUCCUGUACGACGACCGGUGAGUCGGGGGACUCACGAUAGCUUGGAAAAUGAGUCGGAUACGAGGGGGUUUCGUCGCAAGGCUAUGAGGCCGUCUUUGGGUCCCGGCAGCCCAUUAAAGGCGCCGCGAAUGUCUAUCGGUGGCGCGACAAUCCUCUCCUCGCCCAGCCGACGCGCAAGUGCCAUUGAAGCCUUUGCGAAACCACCGCGCAGAAUGUCCACGAAAAGAAUAAAUCCGUCAGACUUCAUCUUUGGAUCUCCGAUGCCUACCCGGCCUGCAGAUGCAGAUACACCGGAAGGACAGCUCGCACAAGAACUGGGCGGCAGUGCGACCAGGGAAGAAGACGACGCACCAAUUAUCGAAGCGGGUUUUGACGGCGCAUUUGACGAAGACUCUCUCGAACCAGAACUCCCACCUACACCAACACAACUAGGCCUUGAAAAGGCACCCCGAUCGACCCAGGGGACUACUAAGCAGUAUCCUCUCAAAUCAGCAAGGUUCCGAGACCCAAGCCCUGACGAAAUCGAAAGCGAAAGCCCAGACGACGCGAUCAACAUCGAGGACGGGCUGUCUGCCGCCGCAAUCGAGAAACGAAAAACCCGGCGCAAACUCGCGGCGGAACUCCAACAGCUCAAGAAAGACGUCGCAGAUUUAACAAAGUGGACCGGCGAAAUCGAGUCCGGAACCAGUAACCUGGAACAAGACGGAAGAGAACUGAGCAGAUUCCUCGCCAUGCUCACAGAAGAAUCCUCAUAUAUCAAUCGGCCAACGGCCCGCAAAGCUCCCACGCCAAUAUCAUCCCUCCUCUCAACGCUGCUCCCCUUUUCCACAAACAUCCCCCGUCCCAAUCAACAAGCCUCGCCUCUACCAACAAACCCAUUCGCCUUGAAAGCGUCUUCACAGUCAAAAUCCUAUCUCACAGUCUUCGCCCCGUUGACACUAACCACCCAAACAAGCCACACAUUUAACUCAAACACCCUCCUCGAAACCCAUACCCUGAAAUUCACGGCCCCAUCUCCAUUUCCACGCGCUCUAUAUAACGUCUCCGUCGUCUACGAAACAAACCCCGAACACCAAACAAUAACCUCCAUCUCUGUCCCCACAGCCGACAGCAAAAAGCGACAAGUCCCCGAGACCCUCCGCCGCUGGAUCGACACCCGCCUCGCCAACCCCCUCCUAAAUCUCGACGUGGCCACGUUAUGCUGGGCCAUAAAUCGGUAUUGGGAAGCAUCUCUCGCGCGCGCGCAGCUAUGGGCGCACAUUGAGAAAAAGUACGGCCGCCCAGGACUCAAUGAUAAAGGACAUGAAAAAGAUCAUGCCCCGCAAGACGGAGUCAUCACGCUUUCUGAACUGCGACGACUAGUUCCCCACCUCGAGCGAAAUACCAUGGUCAUUAAUUCCGGUUCGGGAAGUAUGAAGCCGCGGAUCCUUCUGUCGAAUGUAUUGACUAUCGACGACUGGACUGGCGAGCCACAGCUCCGGCCUGAAUUGAGCGUGGCGGUUUCACACGGUGAAGCGGGGAGGAAGAUUGAUACCGAGGCGAAGAGGUUGUUUCACGGUCUUUUGUCGGAGCAUGAUGUUGGUGCUGCGCAGGGGUUGGUUGGGACUAUGCGUGCGGAUGUGAUUCUGCGGGCUACUGAUGGUACUCUGGGGGUGUUUUUGGGAUCAUGA